AUGCAAAUGAAAGUUAUUGGAUUUGAGACAGUCAAAGAGUUAUACAAAGAUGAUCCAGAUUUUCAAAAGUUUUGGAAUGCCACUGAUUCACAAUCCUCUCAGGACUACUACAGACAUGAGGGAUUUUUGUUCAAAGGAAAAACCUUAUGUAUUCCUCAGUGCUCUCUACGUGAAGCCAUUAUUUGGGAAGCCCAUGAUGGAGGAUUAACAGGUCAUUUUGGACGAGAUAAAAUUGUUGCUUUAGUGAAAGAAAAUUUCUAUUGGCCAAGACUUGAAAGAGAUGUCUACAAACAUAUUCAAAGAUGUCGAGUCUGCCAUUUGGCCAAGGCCAAAAGCCAAAACACUGGUUUUUACAUGACACUCCCUGUUCCAUAA